CGGUUCGGCUCCGAUCGGUUCGGUUCGUUUGAGUCGCAUGGUGGUUCAAACUUUGACAAUUAUCAAAGAAAAAAAACUUCGGACACGCCAACACGUAAAAAGAAGCUUCCCAAUGGACGCCUGCAAGAAAAUCAUCAAAGAGCUGCUCGACAAGAAGCACUGCCACUAUGCCUGGCCCUUCUACAAGCCGUUGAAUGCGGAAAAGCUGGGUCUGACCGAUUAUCACCACAAAAUCAAGAAGCCCAUGGACCUGGGCAGCAUCAAGUGCAAAUUGGAGGACGGGCACUACAGCAGCGUGCUUGAGUUUGCGGAGGAUGUGCGCUUAGUAUUCUCCAACUGCUUCAAGUACUUUGAUCCGGAUAACGAUUAUGUUGGCAUGGCCCAGGAGCUGCGCAACGUGUUUGAAAUGCUCUACGCUCAAAUACCCAACGCACCGGUGCCGAAUGUGCCAGCACGCAACAAGCACAUUCAGUUGAGUUUGCAAGGGCCAACUGGCAAACCGCUCGCUUGGCUCAAGCUCACUUUGAGCUCUAAAUCGGAAUUUGACUCGGACACAGACCCUGACGCGGACACAGACUCAGACACGGACUCGGACUCGGAGGAUCUCGCCGCCAAGCUCAAAGCUCGACCACAGUGCCCGCCAUUCGCAGCGCUGUCUCGAAAGCCAAGAGAGGACUGAUACUGACAAGGAAACGGAAAAUGAGGCCACCGAUUAAGUAAAAAUAUCUUCGAAAGGGACGUGGCUCGAAGAGAUAAAGAAUCUCGGAGGACAGAGUAGUCAGUAGCAGCAGAGAUUCCAUAACGAUUAUUAA